AUGGAGAUUACGGCCAUGUUCUCCGUCACCCUAAUGAUGAUGACGAGUGAUAGUGAAGCAGAAAGAACAAAUGGAAAUGAAAGUUGCCGAACCGCAACAUACAGUGAGACUUGCCACGAGCAAAUAUAUAAUUCAAGUUCAGCGGUGAUGAUGAAGGUGGAGGGUAAGGCAACACCUGUAGGAGAGUCACUGGCAGCUCAUCAACACCUGCAGGAGAGUCACUGGCAGCCCAGCAACACCUGCAGGAGAGUCACUGGCAGCCCAGCAACACCUGCAGGAGAGUCACUGGCAGCCCAGCAACACCUGCAGGAGAGUCACUGGCAGCUCAUCAACACCUGCAGGAGAGUCACUGGCAGCUCAUCAACACCUGCAGAAGAGUCACUGGCAGCCCAGCAACACCUGCAGGAGAGUCACUGGCAGCCCAGCAACACCUGCAGGAGAGUCACUGGCAGCCCAGCAACACCUGCAGCCCAGCAACACCUGCAGGAGAGUCAUUGGCAGCCCAGCUACACCUGCAGCCCAGCAACACCUGCAGGAGAGUCACUGGCAGCCCAGCAACACCUGCAGCCCAGCAACACCUGCAGGAGAGUCACUGGCAGCCCAGCAACACCUGCAGAAGAGUCACUGGCAGCCCAGCAACACCUGCAGCCCAGCAACACCUGCAGGAGAGUCACUGGCAGCUCAUUAACACCUGCAGAAGCAAAAACUCUGCUGCUGAAAUAUUUCGAUCGUUAG